UGGAGAUAUUCGGCUAUUUUCCUCCCUUCCUGUCUUAUAAUAAUACUGACGCCUUUGUGCGCUCCUGCGACCCCCCGGAUUCUCGUCACCGAGGUUCGGCUGCAGCAGGAGAGGGGGCUCCAUCGGUGUCACGAAUCCGGAUUUCCCCCAACCCUUUUUCGCCGGCAGAGAGGGUGGGGAGGACCGGGGACAGGGUCAGUGGAAGAUUUCUUACAGCUUGGGGGUUUUGGACCCUCUGAGGAGGCACAAGCAACAGAAGCUGGAUCUUAUUUGUCGAAAGAGAAGCCAAUGUAAACUCAGCUGCCAUCCAGCUCUGUCCUCAUUACCUGCCUACUGUUUUCCUGCCGUGCCUGCUUUGCAUCAGGUCGUCCCCUCCGUCCUGUCACGUUAGUGUUCAGAGAGAGUUCUGUCUGCACACCACCAGUCAGUUUUCUCCUGUGUUGGUGUCUUCUGAUGGAUGAAUAUGUCCACUACUAACAAUAUCGCCCAGGCCAGGAAACUGGUGGAGCAGCUGAGGAUUGAGGCAGGGUUUGAACGCAUUAAGGUAUCUAAAGCAGCAGCAGACCUGAUGAGUUACUGUGAGCAGCACGCUCGUAGCGACCCUCUGCUGGUUGGCGUGCCCACCUCUGAAAACCCUUUCAAGGACAAGAAACCUUGCAUCAUCCUAUAGCUUCACACAUGCAUUUUUGCCCUUGCACACACAAACACACACACAUUUAUAUGCACACACACACACACGUACACGUACAUACACACAACAGAUACACCCAUUCACAUAGGCUCAUAUAAAAGGUUCACAUCUACAAUCAAAAUCAGUCCCUACACUUCCUGAGACAUCAAUAAACCCUAUCUGAAUUUUUAGGGCUACACAUACAGUCACUCCAAAUUUAACCAGUGCCACAAUCCAGAACCAACACUAGGGGGCAGGUAUCUUGCCCUCGUAGUUGCUGAGGUCAGUUAAACAUAAAGUAUGGUCCAAGGUGCUUUGGUAUUAUUCCCAUAUGCUGGUGAAUUAACAACCGCUUAACUUGAAAAGGGAUUUUUGACAUUAACAAUCAGUAGGAAGCCUGGUUCUUUUCAGUCUUUGGUCAUGAAUUGAGGUGUCGGGUAAAUGAUGGGCAGCUGCUGCACAGGCAGGCAGUGGGAAGAUGCAUGUGGGCAACACAAACAAGUGGUAGGCGCAGGGUCAUCCGUGCCAAACACAACCCAGUGUCAUAUUAAAAAUGCUUAUUCUUCUGCGGGAACUUAAAAAAAGACAAUUCGAGAGCUUUGUCCUUAGCUAGAGUCUUUGCUUUGGUCAGACCACAGCAUGUUCCCUCUCGAAUCCGUAUCAACAGACCUCCGCCUGCAGCCUCUCUGCGGCUGCCUUCAGCCUUUUUUGGCCAAGCCUCCAGCUAUGCCAAGCUGUACAAAAACCUGUCUCUAGAUGCUGAUUUGCUGUUGCUGGUUCCGCUGCGGCUUAUGAUAGCUGCUGUUGGUUAAAAUCGAUGUCUUAGCCAACCUCAGAUCUGCACCAACCAGAGGAACUCAGCAAACAGCUCUACAAAGAACUCAAACUACUAUCCGUGGACGUUUACUGCUUUUUUUUUCCUUAAGAAAUACUUGUUUAUGAACUCAUUAUAUGUUUAGGUAUUUUGUUGAAGCAUUACUUAACAUUUAAGAAAAUACUGUAAAUUUUCUUUUAUUGUUUUACUUUAACGGAAAGGAGGCGUUACCCCUGGCUGGCUUGGUUUGAACCAGGGGUCUCACCUUAUGGGAUAUUGAGAUCUCUACUAUACAUUACACCUUUGUGUGGGAGCGAGGACACAGACUGACUACACUGGAGAAUCCAUCUGCAGCAAAAGAGAAAAAUCACAAGAAAAAACUUUAAUGCCUUAAAAUAAGAGACCCCUUUUCUGUGUUUUCAGCUCAUAUUUGCUCUUUUUCUUAUACAUAAGGAUACAUUUAGUGAAUAUUUUAGAAAGAUAUAGAUAUAUGUAGAUUAAACAAUCUUGCGUCUGGAGCCUACUAUGGCUUUAAACCCAGUCUAAACAGUAGAAGAACUCUAUUUAAUAUGAGUUCACCACAGUUCAAAGACUGGAUCAAUCUUGGAUCCCCCCUUUCUGUGUCCUCUGCUCCUCCAUUAUGAUCCUCCAGUCUAACAAAACCAAACUUGAUUGUAAAAACGGAAAACGAAGAAGGAAGAAAAUGGCAUUAAGAGAAACUAAGUGUAAAAACUUUCUUUUAGACGUGCAGAAGUGAUAAGUUGAAGAGUAGCUGUUUUGGCUCUUUAUUUUUUAUGUUACCUUCUUUCUAUGGAAUCCAUGAAAGCCAAUCAGUUGAGUAUUAUUACCCUGUACAGUGUUUGUAAGAUACAGAAUCUAAACACAGAACUCCCCCCGUCUGUGGAUGUUGGAAUUUUUAAAACUGCUUCUUCCCUUUUGUCAGUCAAGAUCAUGUCCGUCUUCUCAUUUUUCUUUCAGUUUUUAAAGGCUUGUGAUAGCGGAGGUUGGUUUUAGCCAUAGCUAAAAACACAGCAGUCAGGACUAUAUCAAAUAAAACAAACAAAAAUGUUGCAAGGUUAAAGACUGAGUCUGUAAGGGGAAUUAAUCAACAUCAGACCUCAUUUCAGUGGCAAACAACCAAUCUCCUGAGCCUUCCUUUUACACCAGCUAUGCCAUUUUCCUUUUUUCUUAAGUGGCACAUUUUUGGGGCAACAAGCAACACAUCUAAAUUUCUUUUGCUGGUCAUUUUCAUGCUUGAAGGAUGAUACUAAAAGGACUGAAACUAGGGUUGAUGCAAAGUAACCAAAAACCCAACAAUAGGGUCGUUUGAUUUGCACAUUAUUAUCAUAUUUGUCGAUAGUAGGGUACAGUUACGGAGCAUUGUUGUCUCAUGUAGACAGUUUCUAUGUCUGCUGGACUGUGGCAAUAGUUGUUGCUCCUCUCUUGCAAUGUGACCCAGUGGUGAUGCUGACGUUUGAAGGCUGAGAGAGAUUCUUCUGGUCCGGGCCCUACUCUUGCAUGUUUUGUUCUUACGUUGAUGUUGCACAGAUGAGUGUGUGAAAGCAGACUAUGCUGAAAGAAGCCAGAUUGUGUUGGACAUUUUCUCUUUUCUAAAAUCACCAGUUAGCCUACUUUUAUUUCUUGUAGAAGCUCUUGCUUAUUCUGCCUUUUGUUUUUUUAUUCGGAACAACGAAGGCAAGCAGUUUCAAAGGAUAAGACUUAAGGCUGGGAGUGAAUAGCAUAUAGUGGGCAUGUUCAGAGCAGGGGUGAGGAAAGACGUGUAUUUGAGUGCAUUUGUAGGUAAAACGCAAAGAAUACGAGCACACAAUGCCUCUUGUCCUGCUGAGUGUCAGAAAGCAUGGCAGUGUUACAACCCUGUGGUCCUGCAUUUCUGGGUCAGGGUAAGUCUGACCAGGGGAGAGGUCGUGUGUUUUAGCUAAUAUUUGUCAUAUUAUGGUGCCUGCUAUUUGUACUUGGAAGUCUGAUUUUCAGGGUUUUUAGUUGGAAAUCCUUUGAGGCUUUCGACUAUAAGUUCAAUAUCUUAAUAUAAUAUGGCUUCCACUAGGACUGCUGUGUUUUUUGCUAUCAAAUAAGGGACACGGUGUCAGAAGCAAAACACACUGUAGGCAGAGUAUAGAGCUAUGUAAUAUAUGAUAAUACUGCUAUAUAAAAAUGCCAUUUGGCUUUUUUGGAAAGUUAAUCCAUCAUUCCAUAAAUCCAUAAUUAAAUAUCAUUCGUAAACGAUAAUAAAAAUCACAAUGACAUUUACUGUAAAAUAGAAGAAGUCAAAUACAAUAAAAACAAAAACGUUCAAACAAUAAAUAGCAAAACAGGCAAAAUUUACCUAAUUUGCUUUAAUUUAAGUGAUUCAAGCAGUCCUUUGUCUUCUUUUUGUCAGUCAUUCUCACCUUCGUGGCCAGUCGAAGCUCCAGACUGCAUAAAAAGGCAGAUAUGAUGUUUUAGACCUCUCAACUAGCAUGCUUAAUAAGGAUGAGUGGAUUUUAAGGUCCGUUGAACCUGUUAGGUUGCCAUCUGGUGGUGUAAAAAACCAUUGCAUGUAGCAGUCAAUGAACGCAAAUUCAAGUUGGAAUAAGGGAUAACUCGAUAAUAAAGGAUGUCCCGGCUAACGAUUGGCAACCCUAGCUGACCCGCAAAUAAUAUGCAGUGAAAGUGGCAGGUAUAAACUAUUUAAAAACACUUCUGACAGUUUUUAUACACUAGUAGAAAAAACAAAGAAUUCUGUUGAUGAACAUAUUUCAUUGGUGUUUGAACACAAAAAAAUUGAGAUUAAUACUUAAUCUGCUUGUAUUACUAGUACUAAUAGUAGUUAGCACCACAAGAGUUGGUAAAUCUCUCUGGUUUUCCAACUCAACCGAUCCAAGAUCCGAACCCUUGUGUUUCACUUAUUCAUCAAAGUGUGUUUACUUUAUGUUGGAGGGAAGAGGAAAAAAAUAUGGCACAAGUUGAAAUAGUGUUUUGUUUUGUUUUUUCAAAAUGGUGCAAGCUAUUUUGGCAUAAAGUCUAGUAUGAAACCUAACUAAAUUGACAUUGCUAAAAGAUAUAAAUGCACUCCCCUGGGGUAAUUAGCUUUUCUCCUAAUGUCAGCUACAUUUUAUUUCAAACAUUUCAUUUUUACCAGUCAAUAAAGUUUAAAAGGCACAUUGGAAAGCUUAAACAUGUUGAAAUUUAGAUUUUUUUAAUUCACGGAAGAAGAAAGCAAGAUUUCCAAAACAUUUUUAUUAAAUAUUUGUUCAGUUUGAGGCUAACGGCAACAGUUAGCCCAGCUUAGCUUAAAGGGAACAGCUGUAACAAGAUUCACCCUUCAGCAUUUCUGUUGUUCAUCAUUUAUUUAAUUAUUAAUUAAAAUCAUUUUAAUAUAACAGUGUUAAUAUUUAAAAGGAUUGUUAUACUGUAAUUUAAGAUUAAAUUAAUUAUAAUGUUUUAUUAAAGAAAUCCAGUUGAAUAUCAAGAAGUUAGUGCAAUGUGUGGCAAGAAAUGAACAAUUACAGAUAUGUGAUAAGAUUGUUUCUUCUGACUCAAUUCAUAAAAGAGACAAUUAGGAAAUUGUCACAAUAUAUGUAUAUAUUUUUGCAAACUGAUAUGGGAAAAGAGGAUUUAAGCUGCAUAGGCCUAUUAAAACAUAAAAUGUGCAUAUCAUGUCAGCAUACACUUUGUUGCCCUAAAAAUGUCUGACAACCAUUUUUUUUUACAUUCUUGUUAAAUUUGUCUCAGUCAUUCCAUCUCUUCUUGGGCUACAAUCAAAGACGGCCGGCCUGAAUUGCUGAUUUUGCCGACAGUUUGUCUGAUUGAUUAGUUGUUAGUUUGCCUUAUAGUGGCGUAUAUUGUGUUAAUGCUGGUUGUGGAGUUAUCAGAUCAAUGGAAUGAACAAUCCUAAAGUGGAGCAUGUGGCUCACGUUAUGAAUACACAAAGUGAGCUCAAAAUUAAUUUUUGGCCCCAGUCAGGAGAGUUUGAGGCUCUUCACUGGUUAACUGUCAUAUCAAACAUCACUUAGUUGGAUCCCAUCUGAGGCUCAUUUUUGUGUUCUGAUCUCCUGUGUAUGCAUACAGUAUAUGUAUCCUUUUGCCUUGAUUGAUUAUAAAAAAAAAAAUUAUCUAUUUUUUGUAACUGUUCUCUGAUGUGCCAUAACUCAUGUUUUCUUGCACACUGUUAAUAUUUUGUGGAUAUUGCUGUUUAAAAUUUGAGAAGUAGAUAACAUUAAUAAAAAGAUGAUAACACAA